UUUUUCAGCAGAAUAUCGUAGGGCUGCAGCAGAAUUUCUUAGAGCUCAAAAACAUGGCAUUUCCCAAUUCUUAUUGGACCCCCCUAACAGGCUGUGUGCAGGGGCUUGUUUUCUAUCUGGUGUGACACACCGUUAUGAAAAUGUUAAAGAAGUGGAGAUAUCUGUGCAACCAACUGCAGCUGCGGAGAUUAUAUCAGAGGAAACAGACAGUGCCGAAGCCCAGCAAUCUUCCAACACAGGUGAAAUUGCAGCAGAAAAGGAAGAGCAGACUUUGAAUGAUCUUGUGAAUCUUUUGCAAGAUGUGGUAAAAAAUAUCCCAACAGAAAUUGUACUGUCAACUGAACAACCACCAACUAUUUUGGUAUCCAAUAUAGCAUCUUCUCCAUCUGUAGCAAUGGACACUGUUUGGGUGAAUGUGAACCCCAAAAGUAGUGGGCAGUCAAAAACAAUUGCUUUGAUCAAAAAAGUUACUCCAACUACAACAGCCUUUUGGAAGCUCAGAAGUGAUGCAACUGCAUCUGUCAUCCUGCAUUCUAAUGCAAGUCCUUCAGAAAGUCUCCAAAGUGAGACAAGUGAGUCUGUUGUUCUGAUUUCUGAAGAUGCAACUCCUGGAAACACACUGGGCGCCAUUUCAGUUCAGGUAGAAGAAGCAACUACCAGGGAAGAAAGUAAGAGUUUUGAUGAGCUAACGAAUGGAGCCUUGGCUAGUCUAGUGGAAUCGCUAAAGAAUGUAAAAAAAUUACAUAUGACACUAAGCAAUGAUAAACCACACCGGAAAAGCCAUUCAGUGAAGUUGCCUCAUCAUAAGGCUAGAGGUAUAGACAUUUUAGAAGCAAUUGAUACACUAAUUGAAACAAUUAAGAAUGCACCAUCCUCUGUUAAAGAAGAUCCAGCUCUCCAUGAGUAUGUUGAGGAAGCAGAGGGCUAUUUAAAAAAUGCUCUGGAAUUAGCAGGAGAGGCAGAGAGGAAGCUCUUGCAGAAGAAGGAACAGCAGAUGAAACUUGACAUUGGGCUUCUUCAUCCCCCAUCAACAGCUCCGCCUAUAACAGAAAUGAAGUUGGACUUAGAGCUGCCUGCCUUCCUAUCAGAAGCAGCUGGGACAGAAGUGAAGCUGGAUGUAGAGAUAACGCCUUCCCCAUCAGCAACUCCACCUGUCACAGAGGUGGAGUUAGAAAUACUUCCUUCUGCAUCAGCAACUCCACCUGUCACAGAGGUGGAGUUAGAAAUACUUCCUUCUGCAUCAACAGCUGUACCUGUAACAGAGGUGGACAUCCUUUUGACUCCAUCUGAGUCUCUGGAAGAGAAAGCAGAAGAUACGCAAACAGAAAUGGGGAAAUUAAAAGCAUUUAUUAAUUUGUUAUAUGGCUUUAGUCCCCAAUUAACUGAAUAUGCAGAGAAUUCACCACAUAAAAAGGUGGCUAAGGAUAUUGUUGAAAGAUCAAUGGAAGUCCUUGAUGCCAUAAAGAGUGUUUUCUGUGGAAAUCCUGAAAGGCGAAAUAAACAGAUUUUAAAGCAGUUGUUACAGAAAGACAUGGAGCUUGUAAGACAAGCCAUGAAGGAAAAAAGCCUCUUAAGAUACAUUUACUUCUUGGUAUUGUAGGUUUUUAUGUACAAUUAGAGGUCUGGUUUCUAUAUUUACAACAGCCAUUGAAAUAUAUCUGUAGCCAUUUUCAGGCUUGAAAUUAAAUGUUUAUUUUUAAAUAUUUUUGUUUUCAUUUUUCACCCUCCUUUUGAAUUGAUCUUAAAGAUAAUAGAACUGAUAGUACAAUUAAACAAUUUGAGAAGUAAUUAA